AGUGCUUCACGUAACAAAAGCAAGGGGAUGAAACAAGUCGAAAUAAGCCAUAUCUAAGGUCUGAAACGCUCUUCCCUCCGACGCGCCACUGUCUAUCGAGUGGAACGGUUGCACCCUGGGAGGCAGACACCGUUAUAACGCGGGAGAAAACACUCGCCGAAUUUACAGUUGCAGCUCCUCGCUCUUCCAGGCAUAGUCACAGAGGGUCAAGGCAGCAUUUCAGAUCAGGUUUCACAUUUAGCUCCAGACCAGCUGGGAGAGAGAGAGAGAGAGAGAGAGCGUGUCAGAGGGUUUGCUUUUCCCCCUACCCGUCUCUUGCUACGGCGAAAAAAUAAGAGGAGACAGCAAGGGGAGGAUCGGUGUGGACUCAGUAUAGCUCCGAAGGAAUUUUGCCAGCGUAUUCUUGUAGUUUACAGGGAAGUAGUGCGAACGAAGCAGCAGUGAGAUACAGCAUAAAUCCGAACGACAUGGACGAGCAGUCCCGGUUGAUGCACUCUCACGCGGGAGUCGGGAUGACAGGGCACCCCGGCCUGCCUCAGCACAUGCAGGAGGGCACCGGAGGAUCCGACGCUGACGGAAGAAAACAAGACAUUGGAGACAUUUUACAGCAAAUUAUGACCAUCACAGACCAAAGUCUGGACGAAGCACAGGCCAGGAAACACGCGUUGAACUGUCACCGCAUGAAGCCAGCACUCUUCAACGUCUUGUGCGAAAUUAAGGAAAAAACAGUGCUCAGCAUCCGCGGAGCCCAGGAGGAGGAGCCUCCAGAUGCGCAGCUGAUGCGAUUGGACAACAUGCUGCUGGCGGAGGGCGUGUCUGGGCCGGAGAAGGGCGGCGGGUCGGCAGCGGCGGCCGCGGCUGCAGCAGCUUCCGGAGGUGCCGGCGCCGACAACUCAGCUGAGCAUUCAGACUACCGGGCCAAGCUUUCCCAGAUCCGGCAGAUCUACCACACUGAGCUGGAGAAGUACGAACAGAUGGUCUCCGGCUGGAGGGGCAGUAACGCGGGGACGGGGAGUCAUGGCAACACAAACCAGGCAUGCAACGAGUUCACUACCCACGUGAUGAACCUGCUGCGGGAGCAGUCCCGCACGCGGCCCAUCUCGCCCAAGGAGAUCGAGCGCAUGGUGAGCAUCAUCCACCGCAAGUUCAGCUCCAUCCAGAUGCAGCUCAAGCAGAGCACCUGCGAGGCCGUCAUGAUCCUGCGCUCACGCUUCCUCGACGCCAGACGAAAGAGACGGAACUUCAACAAGCAGGCCACAGAGAUCCUGAACGAGUACUUCUACUCCCACCUCAGCAACCCCUACCCCAGCGAGGAGGCCAAGGAGGAGCUGGCCAAGAAAUGCCAAAUCACAGUCUCACAGGUUUCCAACUGGUUCGGAAACAAGAGAAUCCGGUAUAAGAAAAACAUCGGAAAGUUCCAGGAGGAGGCCAACAUGUACGCGGCCAGAACUGCCGUGAACGCGGCCAACGUAUCUGCGCAAGGAAGCCAAGCCAACUCGCCCUCCACCCCCAACUCCGCAGGUUCUGCUGGCUCUUUUAACAUGUCAAACUCCGGGGACUUGUUUAUGAGUGUGCAGUCUCUCAAUGGGGACUCGUACCAGGGGGCUCAGGUGGGAGCCAACGUGCAGUCGCAGGUGGAUACCCUUCGCCAUGUUAUCAGCCAGACAGGCGGAUACAAUGACGGACUCACAGCGAACCAGAUGUACAGUCCGCAGGGCAUCAAUGCUAAUGGUGGAUGGCAGGACGCCGCAACCCCCUCGUCAGUGACUUCUCCCACAGAAGGACCUGGAAGCGUCCACUCCGACACGUCCAACUGAUCGCCAUCACCUGCCACCCUCCCUCUCUCACACAACUAUAGCGAUACACACACACACUAUACACACACGAAACCCACAAACACAUAUGGAACACACACACACACACACACACACACACACACACACACACACACACACACACACACACACACACACACACACACACACACACACACACACACACACACACACACACACACACACACACACACACACACACACACAUGCAUAACACAAAGGCCAGGACAGCCCUUACCUUGAUUGAGGGGGAAGAAUAGCACUCUGUAAGCUGGACAUGGGGAGAGCACGACUUGACCCCUCCACACAAACACACACUACACACACACACAGACACACACACUGCUCCUAUUUGUCCGGACUCUUUCAGCAGUCAUCGCCAGUGACUCUCUCCACUCACCCAACUGUCAUCGUCCGGCUCUGGUUUCUCUCUCGCCGCUGGUGAUGUCAUCGUCACCUUUACCCUCACCUCCCCCCUGUGUCUGUGUCCACUGUUACAGCGGUGACAUUCUGUGUACUGAUCUCGCUUCUUCUGAAGAGACUUUGUAAAAAAAUACAAAAAAAAUACAAAACAAAACACAGACAUUCACACAUUCACAAAAUCAAGUAUGUACAGCCGCCUUGUCUUUAGAUUGGAAUGCUUUCACACUACCUCUAAAAAACAACAACAACAAAAACAAAAUGGAACAAAAAAAAGGAAAAUGUCAUUUUUCGUAAGAAACACCAUGAUCAUUUUUUUGAAAGAAAAUAAUGUUUUCAUCUGACGUUUAAGGCCUCCAUGUCUACCCUUGGCUCUGUUUUCCAAUAGUGACAUUGUUUUACUCAUUGUGCCAAAGUAUUUGAUACCUUAUAAAUACGUUCUUUAAAAAACGAAACAAAAAAAAAACUUCAUUUUUUUGAUAUUGACAUAUUGUGAAAACACUUUGUAAUAGAUUCAUUUUUGUGAAAACAGGGCCCAAGAAAUGAUAGUUUGACUCAGCCUAUGGACAUACUAUUAUGUACACUUUUUAGUCAAGCAGGGGGAAAAAAAGAAUCACAGAGGGACUAUUAUUCAAGUAGGUCUCCUUUCGUCCAUCACGGGAGAGAAACAUGAGUGGUUCCAAGAAGGGGUUUUGCAAAAAAAAGUUUGUUAAUAAUUUUGCUCAUGGUAAUUACAGUAAAUCAUUACAUGAUGCAUACAAAAUGUGACUUGCCCCUUCAAAAUUGUACAUACUGGUUGCUGAAUUAAUUCGUCACAAUAUUACCUGAACAAGGCAAAAAACACACAACACUAAGUUUAUCAUUAUUUUAAAAAAGAGUAAUGUAUGUAAAUGUAUACUGUCAUCUUACAGUACUUUAAAUUGUGCGUAUUGCCAAUACAAAUUGACAGGGAGUGUAGUUCUAAUCGCCUUUAAAGAGGCUUAUAAUCAAAUGGAGACAAAAUAAAUAAAUAAAUUCACAUGUCCAAAGGAAAUCACGCAGCCCCUGGUGCUACAAAGACAACUAUUGGAUCCAAACAUAGCCCUGUUUUGGAUAAUGCAUUUACUGGACAUGUAUUGUUUAUCUAAUACAUAAUGAGGUAAAUGCAGGGGAGAAGAAUAGAGGCUGAAUAUGGAGAAAGACAGAGAGGUUCAGUGAAGGCUUCCAAACUAAGAGGUUUCCAUCCCCAUCAUUACACAUAAGUAUGCAAUAAAAACCCUCCACAUGAUGUAUGUUACUAUGAACAAAACCAAUAUCAAAUGUGAAAAGAUUAUUGUUUUUUUCCUUUUUCUUUUAAGAAGAAUUCAUUUGAAGUUUUGUGUUGAUCUUGCCAUGUACAUGGAGUCGCAGCCUUUGAAAUAACAGUUCGACAUUUCUCAUUCGUUGAUUAUAUUCAUUACUUUGAUACCAAAAAAAGAAAGGAAAAAAAAGGAAAUUGCAGACGUGUGAACUCUUACAUAGUCAACAGCUUUAUAAACACUUUUCAUGUUGUGACUCUGUGUAUUAUCUGUUGUACUGAAGAACGUUGCCUCUGAAUGUUCUGGUACUUUGUACUCAAAACCAAAAAUGCAGUCAGAAUCCACAGUGUUUGUUGAAAACGAAGACAAAAAAAAGUGAUGGCACACAACUACAGAAAUUGUUUGGAUAUAUUUUUUAUGUCCAUGUUGUGAAUAACUUUUUUUUUAAAUCUCAUCUUUGUUUGGCUUGGUUACAGGACUACAUCUGUUUUAUUUUCAUGCUAGCCUAUGUGAAUUAGCCCCAAGAAUGCGCUAUGAUGUAUAUGUAGUUGUGCACCUUUUAUUCUUGUUUGCUUUUUUUAUAAUAAUAUGCCAGUGUCCAUUUUCUGGAUAAUGUCUUAUCAAGACAGAAGGAGCAGAGCCUCAUGCUAUGUUCCACCCCGAUCCAUCCAUCCAUCCACCACCUCCUCCUCAGCACCUUCUGAUAGGGGUGGUGGACAGACAGACAGAUGGGGGCCGGCUCUUGAAAUGGAUAUUUGCCUUUGUUUAAACGGUGAUGUGAAAAGUCAGUGUCAGCAAUGUCAUGUGGCCGUAGCCUGUUUCAUUUAGCAAGACCAAAUUGAGACCAUAGCGCCCAUUAAUACAACAACAACACACAAUAUAUGAAUAUCUAUUUUUCAAAAAAGCAUCCAUAAGACAGACAGCAACAGCAUCACUACACUACGUGACCGAGAAGUCCAGAGCAGAGAGGAUGGAAAGGAGAGGAGAGGAGAGGAGAGGAGACACUCUCACUCUGCGAGGUUUUUGUCAAAGCUCAGCAAGAUGCAUAUGAUGGAUAUUGAUUGGAUGCGAGUGGCAUCACUGUCUGAAUUUCUUCGGCUAAAUGAAUUUUUAGGAUACACGAAAUGAGUGGAGAAUCCUGAGCAGACAGUGUUCUAGCAGAGAGUCUACCAUGGUGCAGCUACCAGAUGACACGUGUCCUAAGGUUUUUUUUUCCAGUUUUUUUUGAGCUCCUGGGCUCUGUCAAAGUGUCAUCUCUGGAUUCACAUCACACUGUACUUCGACAAAAAAAGUCUGUCACGCCUUUUUCUUCCCCUUCUUUUUGUCUGUGUGUGUCAGGGAGAGAGAGAGAGAGAGAGAGAGAGAGAGAGAGAGAGAGAGAGUGUAUGAAUGUGUGUUUGUGUGUGUGUGUGUGUGUGUGUGUGUGUGUGUGCUUUUGAGUGUGUAUGUGUGAGGUCCACGGUAAGAGCAGUGUACGGAUUUCUCAUGAUGUCGGAUAUGCACUUUGUCUAGUGCUCAAAUCUGCUUUUCACAUUGCCUGUCCAGUAUCACCGUAUUAUUGAAAGCUUCAUGUAAUGAUGCUUUUAGUUUUUGCAUAUGAGCAAUUUGUAAAACAUCAAAUGUUUACUUUGUUGCAUGUCUUUUGUUCUUUAAUAAAAACACUGCAGUGUU